GAAUAAAACAAGAGGAACCAGAAACCUGGAGAAUAAAACACGAGGAACAAGGAGAGUGUAUUGAAGAAAGUGAGGAGAACAAAGAAUUGAGUGAAGAUGAGGAGAAACAUCAUGUCAGAACUGGAGAAAAACCUUUGAGUUGCUCUCAAACCAAACAGAAAGAUUUGAAGAAAAGAAGCAAUAAAUCUUUCACCUGUCCUCAAUGUGGAAAGUGUUUGAUAAGAAAAAAUAGUCUUGUGCUUCACAUGAGGGUUCAUACUGGAGAGAAACCGUACACUUGUGAUCAGUGCGGGAAGAGUUUCACACAAUCAGCAAACCUUAACAGACACAUGAACAGCCACACUGGAGAGAAACCUUACAAGUGUUCACACUGUGACAAGAGAUUCAGUCGGUCAGGAGAUCUGAAAACACACGAGAGGAUCCACACUGGAGAGAAACCUUAUAUGUGUUCACACUGUGACAAGAGAUUCAGUAAUUCAUCACAACUGAAAAAACAUGAGAGGAUCCACAUGAGAGAAAAACCGUACACAUGUGAUCAGUGCGGGAAGAGUUUUACACGAUCAUUAAGCCUUAAGGAUCACAUGAACAUCCACACUGGAGAGAAACCAUACAAGUGUUCACAAUGUGACAAGAGAUUCAUUCUUUCAUCACAACUGAAAACACAUGAGAGGAUCCACACUGGAGAGAAACCGUACACAUGUGAUCAAUGCGGGAAGAAUUUUGCACGGAAAGGACACCUUACAGAGCAUAUAAGAGUUCAUACGGGAGAGAAACUGUACACUUGUGAUCAGUGCGGGAAGAGUUUCACACAAUCAUCACGCCUUAAUGAACACAUGAACAUCCACUCUGGAGAGAAACUGUACGCAUGUGAUCAGUGCGGCAAAACAUUUUUGAGGGCUUCAGACCUAAAGAAGCACCUGACAGUUCAUACAAAGGAGAAACCAUAUUCAUGUUAUUUGUGUGGAAAGAGUUUUUCACGUUGUUCAAAUUUGAAAGUACAUCAGAAAAUACAUACUGGUGUGAGAGAGUUCAUGUGCUUUGUGUGUGAAAAGACUUUCAUUUCAGCAAACUGUUUAAAACAGCAUGAGAGGAUUCACACUGGAGAAAAACCUUACAAGUGUUUACACUGUGAGAAGAGAUUCAGUGUGUCAUCAAGUCUGAAAACACAUGAGAGGAUCCACACUGGAGAGAAACCGUAUCACUGCACUGCAUGUGGGAAGUGUUUCAAACAUUCAUCUACUUUACACAGACAUACAAAAAACUAUCACAAGUUGAUUGAAGAAACCGAGGAGAAUAAAUCAAGUGAACUUGAGGAGAAAAAUCAUGUCAAAACUGGAGGAAACCUUUAGAGUUGCUCUCAAACCAAACUGAAAAAUUUAAAGAAAAGAAGAGCCAAGAAAUCUUUCACCUGCACUCAGUAUGGAAAGAGUUUGACAAGCAGAACAAGUCUUGAGCAUCGCAUGAGAGUUCACAAUGGAGAGAAGCUGCAUGCAUGUGAUCAGUGCAGCAAAACAUUUUUGUGGGCCUCAGUCCUGGAGAAACACCUUAAAGUUCAUUCAAAGGAGAAGCCACAUUCAUGCAAUUUGUGUGGAAACAGUAUUUUUGUGUCUACAAAAUUUGAAAGUAGGUCAGAAAAUACAUACUGCUGUGAGAGAGUACAUGUGCUUUGAGUGUGAAAUGACUUUUACUUUGGUGACCUGUUUUAAAACUGCACCAGAGAAUUCAGACUGGAGUGAACCGUAUCACCACACAAUAAGGCCCUGUACACACAGAGAUGCAUUUAGCUGUAUUCUUCCAGAUGGAUCCAGUGUUUUGGGAGCCUGAAAAAAAAAGAAGAAAAAAAAAAAGGGUCCCAGAAUGGAUAAAUCUGAAAACAACACCUUUGCUUUUUUCGUGUGUACAGUCAGUCUGUAUAUUUUGUGAAACAAUGUUGUCAUCACAGUAUGCUUUUUCCUCUAGUCAGAUGCUGUUACGUCAUGUAAUAACAAAAACAAUAACAAA